AUGGAAGAAGGAAAGUGGUCGUAUAUAAUGGUGAGCGUUGUUUUUUACUUGUGUUAUUUUUUUUAUUUUUUAACUUAUAGUUAUGAAAUAAUAUUUUUGUUUCAAACAAAAAUUGAUUAUAUUGUAUUUUGUUUAUUGCUCAUCACGUCGUUAUUUUCUAUUUAUUUUUGUUCUAAAGGAUUAAAGUAUAUAUGCACUUUUCUUAUAGCAAUUAUAUCCUUUAUUGAAAUUUAUGAAUAUACAAAUAAUAGUCCAAAGAAUUUAUAUGAUGAAGAGUUCCUCAAAUUAUUUUUAUUGGUAAGAUUAUUCUCAGCUGUUAAUUUAGUUGUAUUCUUACAUCUACACAUAAAAAAUUUAAAAAUUAUAAAAAAUGACAAAUUAAAUAAUGACAAAUUAAAUAUUGACAAAGCAUCAACUGUUCAAUCUGUAGCUGUAUCAAAAAAUACACACCCCGAAAAAAAUAAAAAUUAUUAUCAUAAUAAUAAUAACCCUUGCAAUAACUAUUAUAACAACCAAGAUAAUUUCUUAAAAUCCAAUACAGUCACAUCUACACAUAAUAAUUUAUUCAAACAAGAUAUACCUCAGAUUCAUCAACAGACAGGAGUUAUAACAUCUAAAACAUUACCACCAGAAAACAUAUAUGUUUUAAAACAUGUAUCUAUACCAAUCAUUGAAAAAGAAAUAAUAAAUAAACAAACGAACCUUCAAAAUGUAUACGAAAUGCAAACAAAUGAUUCUUUUAAUCACUAUAAAAUUAAUCAUUCAUGUUCUAAAAAUAAUAUAAAUGAAAAUAAAACAACAGAACAUAUACAAACACAUAAUACUAAUCAGAAUAAUAAUCCAUACAUGAAUCAUAUUAUUCAAAAUAAUCAAGUCCCAAGUUACACAUAUGAACAUCCAACUGUUCUUCAAUAUUAUACACCAAAUUUUCAAACACAUAACAUGGGAAGUAAUAUCCAAUAA